UACAUAACUGCCUCCGCUCCUUUUUCUGCCGGUUCCUCUUUUCGUUCAAAGUGUCUACAAUUUUCAGUCAGUAAUCGGCGUUGAUUAUCGCUUUAACUUAAUUUGGACAUUCCCAUCGCUUAUAAGACGAGAGGCGACAUCAUCAUGUUAUAGAUGCCCCCCCUUUUCGCUCGCUCAUCAUCGAAUUAGUAGCGUAACACUGACUUGGGAGACGGCUUUUUCCAUCAUGGACGCACGUUCCAGAGGGAUUGUUGUCUUCGGAGGCGGAACUGCAACUAAUAGCCUCGUCGAUGUGUUUGAGAGUAUUAGAGAGAGCCGGAAUUGCUGGCUUAGCUACGUCAUACCUAUAAGCGACAAUGGAGGAAGCUCGUCGGAGCUGAUCCGUGUGUUCGGUGGUCCUGGUAUUGGCGAUAUCCGUAGUCGUCUUGUGCGUCUAAUCCCUGGGUCGGAAACAGACGCAGAGAGAGCAUCGCUUAAGGACCUGUUCAACUAUAGGCUCUCUUCUGAUCCAACGCAAGCGAGGUUGCAAUGGCUAGAUAUAGUAGAGGGACGAGCCGAGCUCUGGGUCAACAUCUCGAGCGAGAAGCGUGAGCUUAUUCGGUCCGUGUUCAACCUCGUCAACUUGGAGAUAGUCAAGAGGGCGCGGCCUAGUUCCGUGUUUAAUUUCUCCAAGGCUAGCAUUGGGAAUUUGUUUUUGACUGGAGGCCGCGUCUUCACCGGCUCCCUCGAAUCAGCCAUCUACCUCCUCUCCACAAUCUGCAGCAUCGCACCCACCGUAUCCGCCCUCCCCGCCAUCAACAGCAACUUCACGCAUCACAUCUCAGCAGGCCUAGCCGACGGCACCUACAUCACGGGGCAGAACUCUAUCUCGCACCCUUCAGCGCCCACCUCUCUACCCGACGACGAGCAGCUCCCGCAGCAGCAUCUACGUUGGGAGAUGGAUGAGCACGAUCGCAUUGAGGACGCCACGUUGCCCGGCUCGCUGCCGAGCCUGCGCAAGCAAUAUAUUAACUUUACCAAGGCUGAUGAGGAAGACUUGCCCGCGCGCAUCGAGAGGAUUUGGUAUAUUAACCCGUACGGGCAUGAGAUCUGGCCGCUUGCGAACCCCAAGGUAUUGGAUGCUGUGCGUCGCGCCGGUGCGGUAAUUUAUAGUAUUGGCAGUCUGUACACGUCUAUUGUGCCUAGUCUGGUGCUGCGCGGGGUGGGCGCCGUGCUUGCGGAUCCGGGAGUCCGGUAUAAGGUGCUGAUUCUGAAUUCAAGCGUAGAUCGGGAGACGGGGCCGAGUACGGAGCCGCUCACGGCCACUGGUUUCGUUAGGGCGAUUGCCCGGGCGGCUGCGCAGAGUCAGGGAGACUUGGCUGUUGAUGAUGAGAAAAGUAUGGGCAAAGGGGAGGUGAGUAGGUAUGUCACACAUUUGAUUUACCUCGAGGGCGAGGGCGUGCCCAAGGUCAACAAAGAAGAACUAGCUGCCCUAGGUAUAGACUGUAUCCGGGUCUACGGGAGGAGGGUAGACGGUAUGCUCAAGUAUGAUGAGGCGGGUUUGGCGAGAACACUCGAAGCUAUAAUAGGCAAACCUGAGAUGGCAAGGAGUCGUAGAAAUACCAGUGGCCAGUGAACACGUUUGUAAUUGCUUCUCUGCAUAUGGCACUAGAAUUAUAUAUCAUGUAUCAUAAUCAUAGCGAAUGCCUUCUU